AUGGAGGAGCUCCGGGAGCCGCUGGUGGGGGACGUGAUUCGAGUUCGCCUCCGCACGACGACGGGAAGCAUCAAGUUCCCCGUCACCGCCCCGGUGUCCACAAGCAUCGAGGCAUUCAAGGGUCUCGCGGCUGCGUCGGCCGUUGGCCAAGCUGUUGGAUGGACUGCAGAACGGAUCGAGCUGUCCCACUAUGGCGAGCCCCUAAAGGAGGGCCGCACACUCUCAUCUUAUGGCAUCAAGGACGGCGAUGAGAUCAUGGUGGGCGGCGUGACGAGCAGCGGAGACGGCUCUGGCCGGCUGAGCUAUUCGGCCGCGCUGCAAAAGGGUGAUGCAAUUGCAAAGGAGAUGAAGGACGACGAUGGUAGGCCGGUCACGAUCCGACUGAGCAGCAGCGGACAGAGUGAUGCCAAACGCAAGAGCGGCCUCUCUCGGAAGCGCUCCUCUUUCCUCAACCCUGCUCGGCCUAGCGGCACGACCGGAGCGUCGGUGCUGUCGUCUGUCAUCACCCUCUCGAGCACUCAGAUGGGCGUGGGCGUCCUCGCUCUGCCGCACGCCUUUGCGCAGUCGGGCCUCUUUGGUGGGCUAAGCCUGCUGGCGUCCGGCGCGGUCCUCGCCGCCCUCUCCAUAUUCCUGCUCAACGCGGCCGGCGCGCGAUGUGGACUCGAGACGCCGACGCUCUUUUCGCUCUGCAACUCCCUCCUGCCCGGCUCGGGGGUCGUGCUUACGUGCGCGCUCACGAUUCAGAUGACGGGAGGCGUGCUCAUGCGCCUGGUCGUCGCGGCUGACAACAUCACCCUCACCUACGGCGCGGUGGAUCGCACCAUCUUUCUCCUCGCCGCUGCCCUCUACUUUGUGCCUGUCUGCUUCCUGCGCUCGCUCGACUCACUCCGCAUCUUCUCAUCGAUCUCCAUCAUCUGUCUGCUCGUGAUCGCGCUCACCGAGCUCACCUACCUCGUCUCGCCCGAGCUGCUCGGCGACCCCAACGCCUCGGCCCCAACUGCUCCGCCCGCAGCGCCGGACCCGCUGCACGACUGGCUGGGCCGCAUCUGGGAGCUUCUCGGCCUCUCCCUCCCGGCCUUUUGCGGCGACGCGAUGGUGCGCAUCCUCGGCACGCCGCUGGAGCUGCUGCGGACGGCGCCCACCUUUGUCAUCGCCUUCUUCUGCCAGCACAACGUCUUUACGGUCCUCACGGAGCUUGACCGCCCGACUAGCUGCCGCAAGGUGACGGUGGUGUGCCUCGCGAUGCUGCUCACCCUCACCACCUACACCAUCUUUGCCGCUUCGGGCUACAUCACCUUUGGCGGUGAAGUCGCGAGCAACGUGCUCAACUCGUACCCACCGGAUGCGCCCGCCGUUGCCGUCACCCGCACCGCCCUCGCCGUCGCCCUCCUCGGCUCGGUCCCGCUUCUAGUUAAUCCGGCGCGGCUGGCCCUGGUCUCAAUGCUGGAGCUCUGCGUGCCACGGGGCAAGCGCCGCGGGCCACAGAUCAGCGUCGCUGGCACAAAGGCCCCGCCGCCGUCCGUCUUUGUGACGGCGCCGCUGGAUAUCGCAGUCAUCCUGAUGUUCGACGCGAUGAUGGUCGCCCUCGCUCUCAACUUCUCCGACCUGGGACAGAUCGUUAGCCUCUCCGGCGCCACCACCGGCGCGUCACUCUUCUUCAUCGUGCCCGCCGCCGCCUACCUCCUCUCCUCCAAGCGCGUGGUCGAUUGCGUCUCGAUCCCCGCGCUGCUGUCGCUGGUCAUGAUCGCCAUUGGAGCUACCGUAAUCUACCUGCACUUCAGCUAG